GACGAUACACGAUCAAAGAGGAACACAAGUAGUAAGAAAGAAAAGAGAAAAGACCUCAUAACGUCAGCUAUUGAAUAGCUGCUUCAGCUGUCGGAAUGGCCUCACUUAGAAACGAAGUCUUAAGGCUCUACAAAUCGCUUUUACGGGAAGGGAGCAAGUUUUCGAGCUACAAUUUCAGAAUGUAUGCUCUUCGCAAGGUGAAAGACGAUUUCCGAGAACACAAAUGUGAGACCGAUCCAAAGAAAAUUGAGGCUUUUCUAACAUUCGGGAAAGAAAACCUGGAUGUCAUUAAACGACAGGUGAUGGUCGGCAAUUUAUAUAGGACAGAAAAUCUAGUGAUAGAAAAGAAGACUGGUUAGCUUAUGUAAAUUAGUACAUUUUGCACCUACCUCAUUUGUGUUUGAGCUGUGAGCAUUUCUUAUUGGCUAGACCUUAUUCUGUUGUCUAAAUUUGCUAUGCCCAUUCAGGAAAGGCAUUGGAUACUUUGCUCUAGUACUUAUGUCUACCUUUAUUGUUUAAUGUAAAUGUGGAAGUAAUGUGGAAACAAGGCCAUAACUGUGAUAUAGAUGUGCUGAUUUUUUGAAUGUGCUGAUUUGUUUGAAUUGUCACAAAUCUUGUAGCUCUAGAUAAGUGUUUUCUUUUUAAAAUUAUAGAUAUUUAAAAAGUA